UCAUCUGACCAAUUCCUGGGCAACAUGGCUUCUUGCUCGGAGCGCAGUAGCUGGUUGCUGUUUUUCGGUUUGUUUUUGCACUCUGUAUUCCCUGCCGUGGCUGCGUUCGAUGGGGGUGAUGCGGUCGCUUUACUUUUGGGUGUCACGAUAUCCGUCGUUGGCGUCUGCGCCUGCUUGGGCUGGUACGCCCGCAAAAGGAGCGGACAGUUGUGAGAAUCGGCGGACGCGCGCCUCAUAGCAAGAAGGCCUGUUCAUACCCGGAAGUGAGGAGAGCAUCU